AGGAUGCGGCCGCGCUUUGGUGCGCGAGGACACAGUGGUUCUCUUUAGUACAGCUUAUUCCGAUUGCACGCGCAGCAGCUCGCGUGAGUGAACGGCUUGCUGUUCUGUUCUGGGGAAUACGAGUCUUUCCGUUGUUUUGUUUUGUUGUUUUGUUUUGUUCUGUUUUUUUUUUGUUCUGUCCUCAGGCUUUUGUUUCGUCCAUGUUGUCGUGAUUAAAUGGACCUUCACGCCCUUCACACGUCCUGAGACAAGACUCCGAGGAGGUGAGACUGAGCGUCACUGACACUAUCCCUGUCGAUGUCCGUGCCAGUGUCCGGUGUUAGAGGUUAGAGCACGAGCGCAGGCUGUUGUAGUGCAGUGGGACGAUGGGUUUUGGGGAGGAACUGUGGUGCCAUCAGGGUCAUGCUGCUCUGCUGCGGCUGCAGGACUCUGAGCUGCGGCUCAUGGAGGUGAUGAAGAAGUGGAUGACCCAGAGAGCCAAGAGCGAUCGCGAGUUCUCUGCUCAGCUGCAUCAGAUGGCGGCAAUGGUGGAGAAACUGGAGGGCCCUCAGGCUGGAGGAGGCUUGGAUUAUAUCAGCCAGCUCCAUAAGUCGUGGAACGUGAUGGUGAGCGAGACAGAGAACCUGAGUCGGAUCCUCCGCAAGCACUCUGAAGACCUGAUGGUGGGUCCGCUUAGCAAACUUACGCUUCUAAUCAGAGACAAACAGCAACUAAAGAAGACGUAUGGCGAGCAGUGGAGCCACCUCAACCAGGAGCUAUGCAGGGUCACCCAAACUGAGUUGGACCGCCUGAAGUCUAAUUACAAGCAGUUGGUGCGGGAUGCAGCUCAGGCCAAAAAGAAAUAUCAAGAGGCGAGUAAAGACAAAGACCGUGAGAAAGCCAAGGAGCGCUACAUCAAAGCCACACUGAAACUUCAUGAGCAUCACAACGAGUACGUGCUGGCAGUAAAGGCGGCUCAAGUGCAUCAUCAGCAGCACUUUGGCCGGGUCCAGCCGGCACUGCUGACAGCUCUGCAGACGCUGCAGGAGGAGAUGGUGCUCAUUCUGAAGGAGAUUCUGCAGGAGUAUUUUGACCUGUCCAGUCUGCUCCAGGAUGAAGUGGUGUGUGUUCAUAAUGAGAUGACCAAUGCCAUCAAGGCCAUCGAACCACACAGAGAGUAUGAAAGCUUCAUUCAGCAGAACAGGUCGAGAGCAGAGGUACCAGUGUGUGUGGAGUUUGACAGCAGUCUACUAGAAGAUACUGAACAUUUGAAGCCUGAGGAGCUGGAACUGAACGAACUCACUCUGGAAGGAAUACAGCACCGGCUCACCGCUAUUGAGGAGGAGCUUCUCAGCAUAGCAGCGACUCUGGGAACACAGCAGGCCACUGUUAACCAGCUGGAAAUGGACCUGGAGGCCGAAGAGAGCUUGGACAACACUGGCCAGAGGGUGUACCAGUUCAGCAAGCGCAACGCUCUGGAGGACAGCAGGCAGCAGGUGGUGACAUCGAUGGUGGCACGUGCCCGGCUCGAGGCCCAGCGCAGGUUGCUGGCUGAUAAACUGCAGAGCCUCGGCAGUAAUGACGCACCAUCAUUGGGCCUGGAUGAUGAUCGGAUUUCUCUCAACUCCAGCAUCUCUGAGCGUGACAAAGACUUCAAGGUCCCCAGCAUGGACAGCAUCCUCAACCAUCUGAGCAGCCUGUUCAAACCCAAGUACACUAGUAGUGUGUUUUACAAUGCCUCCCAGGUGCCACCUGCUCUGUCUCCUGUGCCCGAGGUUGAGAAGCCUCUGAGUCAGCAGUGUUGGUACCAUGGUGCCAUCCCACGUGUCGAAGUCCAGGAGCUGCUGAAGAAGGAUGGGGACUUUCUGGUCAGGCAGAGCCAGGGUAAACAGGAAUAUGUGCUGUCUGUGCACUGGGGUGGACAGUGUCGCCACUUCCUCAUUCAGAACACAGAGGGUAUUUAUCGUCUGGAUGGUGAGGGUUUCCACUCUAUACCACUGCUCAUGAACCACCUUCUCAACUCCAACAGAAAUGUCACUAGGAGGACAGAUAUAGUUUUGAAAAGACCCAUCCCAAAGGACAAGUGGUGCAUAGAGCAUGAUGACGUUAUUCUUGGCCAAAGCAUUGGGCGGGGGAACUUCGGCGAGGUGUUCAGUGGCCGCCUGCGCACAGACAAUACACCAGUAGCGGUGAAAGCCUGCCGUGAAAACCUUGCCAUAGAACUCAAAAAUAAAUUUCUCAUGGAAGCUCGGAUUCUAAAACAGUAUGACCAUCCGAACAUAGUGAAGCUCAUCGGUGUCUGCACGCAGAAACAGCCCAUCUAUAUAAUCAUGGAGCUGGUGCAAGGGGGAGACUUCCUGUCUUUCCUUCGUUCAGAGGGACACAGCCUGAAGCCAAAGAUGCUAAUUAAGAUGGCGGAGAAUGUGGCGUCUGGCAUGGAGUACCUGGAGAGCAAGAAGUGCAUCCAUCGGGACCUGGCAGCGAGGAACUGUCUGGUAGGAGAGAAGAGUGUGGUGAAGAUAAGUGACUUUGGCAUGUCGCGCGUGGAACAGGAAGGCGUGUAUUCAGCAACCGGCGGCAUGAAACAGAUCCCAGUAAAAUGGACUGCACCAGAGGCCCUCAACUAUGGGCGCUACACCCAUGAGAGUGAUGUGUGGAGUUUUGGAGUGCUGCUCUGGGAGACUUUCUCUCGAGGAGUAACUCCAUACACCAGCAUGAGCAAUCAGCAGACCAGGGACGAAGUAGAAAGAGGGUAUCGUAUGCCAGCUCCCAAUGGCUGUCCAGAGGAGAUCUAUGCCCUAAUGCGUCGCUGCUGGCAGCAUGACCCACGGAUGCGUCCUUCCUUCCUAAAAAUCAGGGCAGAGCUACAGGCUCUUUGCAUUUAACAUACACACACAAACACAUACAUCUCUUAAGCUGUGCUUUUUGACACACAUGCAAAAUUAUGUCUAAUGUUUAAAUGAACAGAACUUUUGAUAUGGCUGUCUUUGUAGUGUAUAUUUUGCUUCUGGAACAUUUUAUAAUUUUUUAAAUGUAUUUAAAUUGAAACCUUGCAUAACUUAUGAUCACGAUGUAUUCACAUGACAUUGGUUUUCCUCUAAAUAAAGUCUGUGUUGUGACGCAAAGAUGAAAUCUGUAAAGAUAAAAUCAGACUUCACAUGCAUGUUAUCUAAUAGCCUUUGUAAUAUAAUCUGCCUUUAUCAUCAGCUAUUUCUUACUUUAGCUGUGGAAAGUUAGCAGGUGAUGUAUAAAUAAUCAGGGCUGACAAAUGAACACAGCCCUCUUUCACAAGAUCUGAAGUUUUUUCUCAAUUUUUUCCCCCAAAACAACAGGUGAAAGGAUUCCAAACAUAACUCAUCAAUGCUGUGAACAGGUCUUUUGCAGAUAUGUCAAAAGUAAAUAGAAAUAAGCUUUUAGUGUUCUGUAAGGUAGCCCAAAGCCAACAGACUACAUUCUGAAGCUUGACUUUACACAAAUGAAAAAUGAACUGAACAUGUGCUGAACAUAUUGUGCAGUUGUUUUGCCACUAUUCAGAGGGGCUUCAUCAGGCUGCCGAAAUGAUUCAUGCUUUUUAAACACUGUGUAUGAUCUUGAAAUUAGUGUCAUAAUUAUUGAAUUAUGAUUAAAUGUGUACAUCAUGAUUUAUCAGUAAGAAACACAUCACAAAUGGCUUUCAACUUAGGGCUGAUAUUUUGAUAUCUAAAGAAGACACAUUAAAUACACACAAAAUACCUCAUUAAUGUGUUAAAAUCAAUAAUAUUGUUCCAAACAAUAUUCUGUAUGCAUUUUUGUUAUAAAAAUUCAAAGCUAAAAAUUAAAAUUGCUAAAUCUGUAUUUAUGUAUUAUGUAUGUAUUAUUCUGAAAGUGCUAAAUCUGUAUUUAUGUAUCUAGUGACAUGCUGUGCAUUCAGUGAUUAAAUAUAGAAACCUUU